AUGGUUCGCCCGGUCAACACCGUGUACCGAAACACCAUGGAAGUGAGCAACGAGAUUGAGUACUUUGGCCCUGCAGAGUUUCCUAUGCGCAGAGCAAAGACACAAACCCGGCAGCACGAGAUUCGCCAUGCAGAAGAUAUCGAGUUCCUCCGCCAAAUUCGACAUGAUCUCCGCCGAUGUGGUCAGGGUAGCUACAGCCUUGACGACCUUGGCAAAUUCCUUCGCCACUACAACCUCGUGGUUUACUCGUCCAUCAACGACGCCGAACUCAUCUACCAGUCCGAGUGUCGCGCCAUCAGGGAAGGUUUCCUUUCCCAGCGAGCUAGUGGCUCCUUCUUUUGCCACCUCAAAGCCAAACACGAAGCCCGUGCAAGCGAGAACGCUCUCCUCAGCAAGGCGGCCAGUGCUUUUGAACUUGAAAAGGCCGAGCUUCUCGAGGCCAAGGAGCUCAUGUACCGCCAGCUCAUCAUGAAUGCUUUUCUCACCUGCGAGCUCAGCUGGGAUACGCAACGAUACGCCAUCAACGGCGUCCGCCAGGGUAGCCUGAGUGACAAGCCAAUCGAAGGGCCUCAUCUCAAGAAGGACCCCGAAGACAGCCUGGGUGGCCUCUAUCGCCUCCAACUCACCUGGGUCCCCGCCCCCAAUGCCACAAGAUAUCCGGCCCGCAUCUAUAUCGACCGCCUCGCGAGUGGAAAGUUCGCGACGGAGCACAUUGCUUGGAGAAGCUACGACCGCGGCGAUAAUGGCUGGGAAAGCCACCCCCAUCUAGCCCCGACCGUCCUCAUUGAGGCCAGCAUUCGCUGCCGCCAUGUCGCAGGGAGCCAGCGCCAGGAUCGCUUCCUGGCGGAGCUCCACGAGAUGGCUGAAGCGGAAUACAAGAAAUCACUUCGUCCUUGGCAGAGACUGGUCUACAAAACUGGUGACUACCAGAGAGCUUAUUCUUUUCCCAUUCAGCCUACUUCCAUCCGGCCUCAAACAAUCAGUACCCUUCAAAAGAAAACACUAAAAAAAUCGGAAAACACUACCAGGAAAUUGAGCGCGUGUUUUCGGAAAGACUUUUGA